AUGUUUGCCAAAGGGUUCUUUCCUUACAAGGCUAUUUCGACUUCGUUUGCGUCACUUAAAGAUCUACCGCCUCCACCAUUGAUGACCUCAACAAAUAAGCUUCAGAAUGAAGUAUAUUCAAUUAGACCACAGUUUGGGAAAGUCGUCCUUAUGCUUGUGGACGCUCUCCGCAGUCUGAUCAACAGCCAUAGAGCUAUUCCAUUUACAGCAUUGGCCUCAGCCCCAACAGUAACGCUCCCUCGUCUCAAGGCAUUGACGACAGGCACUGUUCCAGGUUUCCUGGACGCGGUCCUCAACAUCGCAGAAUCAGAUCAAUCAUCUACAUUGGCCUAUCAAGAUAACUGGAUCGCCCAACUGGUUCGAUCUCCUUCACAAAGACUGAAUGCUAAAGAACCAGGGAAUGGUUCGCAUACAGAUACAGACACAGGUAGAAGACGCAACAUCGGCUUCUUCGGUGACGAUACUUGGAUCAAAUUAUUUCCAGACAUGUUUUUUAGAACCGACGGCACCUCUUCGUUUUUCGCGAUGGAUACAGUCGAGGUUGAUAACAACGUAACACGGCAUGUUGAGCCAGAACUAGCAAAGGAUGAUUGGGAUGGCCUCAUCUUUCAUUAUUUGGGUCUAGAUCAUGUUGGUCAUUCUGGUGGACCCAAGUCUCCGUUGAUGAAACCCAAACAAGCAGAAAUGGACGCUAUUGCUGAGACGAUCUAUAAAGCUUUAAUAGAAAAAGACAAUAGUAACAGUGGUAUGGCACAACAACAUGGAUAUGAACAGAAACAGGACCUUCCUACUUUAUUCAUUCUCUGUGGAGACCAUGGCAUGAAUGAAGUUGGAAAUCAUGGUGGCUCUUCUAGAAGUGAGAUUUCAACCUCAUUUUUAUUCAUGAGCCCAAAGUUUGAAAGCCCUCAGGCUCGAUCUGAGAUCCGGAGAAUGGUCGAACCAUAUCGCUCUCAGGAAGGUCGAGAAGAGUACCAGUACUAUAAAAGCGUCAAUCAAGUAGACUUGGUCCCCACACUUUCACUUCUGCUAGGACUUCCAAUUCCCAAGAAUAGUGUUGGCAAAUUGAUACCCGAGUUAUUUUCCGGUCUUUCAGAGGCGGAGAAACUUCGAGCGCUUCAAAUCAAUGCUUAUCAAAUGGCAGGUGUAUUGAGGGCUAUGUGGUCAGAUUUUGAGGUGAAUGAUUCAGUGUUAUCGAAGGAUUACAUAGAUCCUGAUUUGAAACUAGAGCAGGAGGGGGAGGAAAUCAGGAAAUCGACAUGUUUACAAGAAAAAUCCCAAAAAGCAACUCUAGCCUGCUGGUAUCUUUCAGCGCUCACGAACCACGCUUCCUUCUUGGAGAUAAUGGAUAUGGGACAAAGUAAGAGUAUCGUGUAUCAAGACAGCAUGCGCAAUCUGACGGCUCAGGCCGCUGAACGGGCUUAUAAUAAGUUUCUUGAAAAUUCCAGCUCGAUGCUGUCCACUGCCCUUAGCAAAUACGAUAUGCCACUCCUGACAAAUGGGUCAUUGUUGAUGGCGUUUGCUGUUGCAGGAUUUAUUUAUUGCGCUAUGCAAACAAAUCUCGUUGAAGAGUUCAAGACAUCGUGCCUUGAGCCUCACUUUCCUUCUCCUUCGAAGCCCCUUGCUACAGUGAUUGCUUCUUCAUCUCGCUUGGGGAGUAAUAAUUUGGUCCAGGAUAAUGACCCAACUGUUCGGAAGAAGAAAACCAAGCGUAACAAGAACGACAUCAGCUGGCUCGUGGCGCGAGUCUUGUCUGUGAUCAUUCUGGCUCUUUAUCUGAUCACGUUGUUUGCAUCAAGCUUUGUCGAGGAGGAACACCAGUUUUGGUACUUUUUCAACAUGACUUGGUGGGCAAUUCUUGGGCUCACUACCGCACGGCACCUUACAGUCCCCUCUACCGUCGCUAGUACCACUGCCAACACUGCAAGUUCAGCCUCAAUCGAUUACAUGUCCACGACUUCAAGGAGCUCCUCAUCAUCUGCAUUGAUAGGCACAGGGUAUUGCCUUCUUCAAAUGGCUAUUCUUCGUCUGCUCAGAAGCUGGAACCAGACAGGCCAAAAGUACGCCGAUCAAAUUGACCUGCGAUAUUACUUGAAUUCCUCCUGGACAGGAUUAUCUUGGAUCUUCUUCUGGACUACACUAAUCAUCACCGCAGUUUCGAUGAUUGUCCUUGUUUUCUCUGUACACUCUCCAUCGUCGUUAUUGCCUUUUGUAUCCUCUCAACCCCAACAACGUCAAAAACAACAACAACGGCAACAGCCGUUAUGGAUAACAGGAUUCAUCAGUGUGGUUCAGGCCUUACUGGUAGUUUUGAUUGUUCUUGUCUCACUUUGGAUUGCUGUGUACAAGAUGGACGUAGAGUCUACAUGGUUUGGAGACGAUACCAUGGGCCACAUUCAUGCGGUCAUGAGUACCUUAUCAUCUGUGGGUUAUUCAGCGGUAAAUAUGGCUGCUGCUGGUGAUGCUACUGAAGGCGAAGGCCUGAGAGAGCAUACAUUGAUCAUGUCAGGAUAUGAGAUGGCCCGUGGAUGCUAUGCUGGCCUGGCUGCAGUCGUUAUAUUAAGUGGAGUAUUGAAGGUGCUUUCGUCACUCAACCCUUUAUCUCUGGGCUCAAUCCAAGAGAACAAAAUAGAGAUAUCAGACAAAGCAGAAGAGGAUCACAUUUUACAAGAGCAGGCAAAAACACUAUUCGGGCCAGCUAUGUUGCUUGGGUCAACAACUUUACUACUAAUCCUGUUAUCACGACGACAUAAUGCGCCACUGUUUCUGUUCUUUGGGAUUCAGCUCUAUUUCUAUAUCAACUGGAUCAGUCUUAUUCGUCGGCGCGAUCCUAUCUCUAAGAUUCAAAUAUAUGAUGGCUCACAAAACGGAAAAGUUUAUAUUGAAUAUAAUGAUGAACCCGACAAGACACCUUUAAGAGCAGACGGCUGUGACCAGAUGUCGCCGUUCACAACGACACCAAAAACAAUACCAGCCCUGACUACUGCUGUAACGAAAGCAGCAGCGGCGACACCAAUACCAUUUAUUGUAGAGACCGCUUCACUUCCAGUAUUUAGGACGUUGCCCGCUCUGAAUUCAAUUCACAGCUGUACCAUCAUCCUCUGGAUACUUUCCUCAUUCUUUUUAUUCGGAAACUCCAACUCUAUCGCAUCAAUUGACAUUUCGAAUGCAUAUGUGGGGAUCCAGGCGUAUGAUAUUGUCCUGACAGGCGUGCUCACAUUUAUAUCCAAUUGGGCGGGCCCUAUUUGGUGGUCUAUUGCUGUUGUGUCGUUGAUGAAGUGGGAUUUAGAAUUAGAAAUGCGUUGGGCUAUACAGAACAAAAAGAUCAUUCAAGCAGAAGACGAAGAGCGUGCUUGGAAGUCAAUUGGCGGAUGGAAAAGGCUUGAUACGACUACAUGGACUCGCAAGACCAAAAAAAGGAUACAACUCUACAAGCAAGCAGUAGCCAAGCACCGAGAAGUAAUGAAGAAACAGCUUGAUGAACAACAACAGCAACAGCAAGCAAGAGAAGGAGUUGAGAACCGAGAGCCUAUGGUCGAAAAUAAUCAGACGGAUGGCUCUUCACCAAAGGACAAGGCGUCUGUGACCGAAGUUGGCACACCAACUGAAUAUGAACCACCAAAGGAUUCAGAAGAUGAGGAAGGCUUCGUUGUGUACGAAGGACAAUUAGAUACCAUUGACUCUGAUAGAAAUUUCCUAGCAUCCUCAGCGCCUGAAGCCUUUUGCCCACUCGCUCACUACCCUAGAUUCCGGCGGCAUAUGGUUCGGAUUAGAAUGCUAGACCAUCUUAUUUUUACAAGCAUUUUCUUUGGACUCACACUGUAUGCCCUUUCCAUUGCAGCGAUUGUACUGAGACAUCAUUUGUUCAUUUGGACAGUUUUCUCGCCCAAGGUGCUUUAUCAGUUUGCAUGGACAGUCCUCUACCAAAUUGUGGUUCAGGUUCUGAUUGUUGGUUGUAUUAUCUGGCCUGUUGUCUGGGUAUAA